UCUCAAUUACUCUUUCAGAUACUGCAGAUGAGAUUGAUACUAAUUGGCCAAGCAGUUAUAGCCCAGGUUUAGUAUUCAAGACAAAGAUUAUCUAUAACCUUACUACAGAGACCUUCUUCCUAGUUUCUAAUUCUCAGGGGCUGGUUCAACUUAGCCUCACCCAAGCAUGUGAUUCAAGCUUAGUGACUCUGACUCUUAUAAAUACCAAUUCUGGGAGCUACCCUUCAUGGAUAACUUUUGAUUCUGCAAGUGGGAUAAUCAGCUAUACUGCUCCAAAUGAUGAUAAUAAAACCUAUUCUGCCGCUAUUGAAACAUUUGUGACUGGCUGGCAAUCUCCAAGGAAUAAACUCAUCUAUUUCACUGUUCUAAAGUGAAAUGUCACAAACUGAGAAAAAUGAUACUCAGAUAAUUACAAUAGAUGUAAGCAAUGUGAGAUUUAUUAUGAAGGAGACAAAUGAAAGAAAACUGAUGUCAGUCAAGCAGAAGCUGCUUCCACAGUUGGGAUAUCUCUCUAGUCAAUUGCAGCUGCGUUGGUUGUCAUCUCAUCACUGAUAUCUAUUAGCUCCCCAGUGUUAAUUUGGGUAAUGUUGAACCAUUUACAGUUCCUUUUGUUACUAAUACUUGUGAAUACUUAUAUUCCUGGUGAAAUUAUCAAAUACCUGACUGCAUCAGCCUCAUCAAUGAUUAGUCUAGGCUUCUUCAAAUUUGAAAAUUUUCCAUAUCUUAGCAAUACUUACAACUAUUUUGAAAUGAAACAAGAAAGCAAUGAAAUGGAAGAAAUAGGGUUUGAAUAUUCCAGUUCAUUAAGGACAAAUAUGAGCUUGUUUCUAACCUUUAUUUUUGUGCUAUUCCUUGCUUUGAUAGUCUAUAUCCUCUCGUUGAUCCCCAUCAACCCUCAGAGAUGUAAAUGUAACAAAUGGCUCAAAGGUGGUAUCUCUGUUAUCAAAAAGAUCCUGAUUUUCAACCUCUUCGUUAGACUUCUGAUAGAAUCAUUCACAUCUCUAACUCUGACUUCUUGUAUUGAAAUUUAUAGUUUCAGGGCAAGGAAGUUGAAUGAGGAAAUAUCUCUAUACUUCAGCUAUGGCAUCCUAGCCUUCUGAUUGAUAUUCUGCUUCUUUGUUAUCUUCCAUUUUUGAAAAUAUACCAAAUCAGACAUGAAACUCACAGAGAUUUUCAUUGAACUUUACACAGGAAUCAAAGAGGAAAGAGCAGCAAAGGCAUUCACCCAAGUUUGGCUAAUGAACAGAUUUCUAGCUGUUAUAUCUCUGGUCUGACUUCAAGAGUUUGACCCCAAAGGAAGCACUUCCAUCCUGUUUCUAUUCGAAAUAUGAUAUAUAGUCUAUAUGAUUAAGAUCAGACCAUUCAUGCUGGCAAGGACUUCAAUCAUUGAAAUAGUCAACCAGAGUUUCAUCUGUGCUUACUUAAUAGCUUUAUUCUCUCUCAAUAAAUCUGAUUGGAACUCAACUUUAACAGAUUGAGGAUUGAUGAUUUUGCUUGCAAACAAUGUGAUCGUUUUCGUAAUAGUGUUCAUCAACUUUUGGAGAGAUAUUUAUUCCAAAUUUUGUAAGAAAAAAUCAAGCAAACAAGGAUUAAAGAGAAGAGAAAAGGUCAUGCCUAAGCUCAGGAAGGAGCCGAUCAAGCCUUCUGAUGUAUCCCGAUCAGAUAUGGCUUUUAAAGCUAAGUUAAGUAAAUUGCAGAGCAAUUUCAAGGAAAAACCGAACCCUUCGGUAGACAUCAGCAAUUAUCGACAGAAGGUAAUGAAGAGAUCAUUAAGAAGUCCUCAUUUAUAA